GAAUAAUUGAGAAUAACUUAUGUACUGGAAUUGAUGACUGAGAGAUAUCAAAAACACUUUGAGAACAAUUAUGUUUUUGGCCGGGGCCGAGUUUGAACUCACCACCUCCGGUAUAUGGGGCCGGUGCCCUACUCCUUUGAGCCACAGGCGCCACCCUAGCUCUAAAGAAUCUUAUGAUAAGCAGCAGAAGAAAGGAAUUAGUCAAAGAACGGCCAGUGAAAAUACAGAAAGCAGUAGGAAUAAGACCAAAGAGGAAGGAGCCACCUACGAGAGCCUCCUUGUGAGAAGGGAGGUGGAUGGAAUCCACAAACCUCUAAGGCAGAUAAAAGCAGCAAGGGCUGAAACAGCAGCACACAGGCUGAAGUUUGCAAGCCUGGAGAGACCUUCAGCAAUAAUCUGCAAAUUCCAAAAUGACCACCUUACCCCCACUGCCCAUGACACGCCCAAAGCUUACAGCCCUAGCCAGACAGAAGCUGCCAUGCUCCCCUGGAACAAUUCCAAGGUCUCAGUUGAUCAAAGAAAAAGAUGACAUAGAUCAUUAUCUGGAGGUGAAUUUCAAAGGAUUGUCAAAAGAGGAGGUUGCUGCUUACAGGAACUCGUACAAGAAGAACAUCUGUGUGGACAUGCUGCGAGAUGGUUAUCACAAGUCCUUCACCGAGCUCUUCGCUCUGAUGGAACAGUGGGAUGAGCUGAGAGAGGCUGCAAGACUCAGGUCCCUCAGCUGGUUGCAGAAGCCCCUAGAGGAGCAGCCUGAUAAACUGGAUCACUUCUACCACUACCUGACCAGGGCCGAGGCCGCUGAGAGGGAAGGAUACUUUGAAGAUGUCUAUAAAAACUUGUAUACUCUGGCCUGUUGCUUUGAUAAUUCUGAAGACAAGUGGGUAAGGAACCACUUCUAUGAACGCUGCUUUAAGGUCGCUCAACUCAUCAAAAUUGACGGUGGAAAGAAAGAAGCUGAGGCGCAUGCGCACAUGGGUCUUCUCUACGAGGAAGAUGGUCAGCUUCUGGAAGCUGCUGAGCAUUAUGAAGCAUUCCAUCAAUUGACGCAGGGGCGGAUAUGGACGGAUGAGACAGGCUCCUUUCUCAACUUGUUGGCCUGCGAGAGUCUCCUGAGGACUUACAGAUUACUCUCAGACAAAAUGCUGGAAAAUAAAGAAUACAAACAGGCCAUCAAAAUUCUAAUAAAAGCUUCUGAAAUAGCCAAAGAAGGAAAUGACAAAAAGAUGGAAGGAGAAGCUUGUUACUACUUGGGCUUAGCAUACAUGUCUGCUGGAGAAUAUGAGACAGCCCUAACAGUCCUUAACACUUACAGUCAAAUCUCUACAGAACUAGAUGAUGAUCUCAGCUUGGGGAGAGCCUAUGAAGCAAUAGCCAAGGUCCUGCAGAGCCAAGGAAAGACCACGGAAGCAAUUAACUACUUGGAAAAAGUUGUGAAACUUGCAAGAAACAAUUUCCAAUGUCUGGAUAUCGUGAGAGCGAGUACAAUGCUGGGGGAUAUCUACAAUGAAAAAGGGCUCUACAACAAAGCAUCAGAAUACUUUAAGCAAGCUUUUGACACAACAGUAGCAAUAAUGAACAAGCCUCUGAUGGAUGAAACAAAAGUUCAUUACGGAAUAGCAAAAGCCCAUCAGAUGAUGCUGGCAAUGAACAAUUGUAUAGAAUCUGAAGAUAUUACCAACCUUGACUACCUGCUGUCAUGGAAGGAGAACAGAAGUGACGUCGAACCUCCGCCUGUUAUGGGGGCAUUCAGAAGCUCAUCAGUAGAUGUACUUCAAGGUGAAUCUCAAAACUCAGAGCAUUUGGAAGAACUCACCAGUUUUCCAGAUAAUCAAAAAAAUGAAACUUAAAGCAGCUUUGACUCAACACUGGAAUAAGAAGAAAUAUAUCACAUCACCUUGGAUUUCAAUAUCUGUAAUAGGAGCAUGUUAUAAAUAAUAUAAGUAGAGUUAUAAUAAAAUUGUGACUGUGUUUUGAUUAGAUUUUGUAUUGCAGUGUACUACCACAAAUUUAAUUCAAAUAAUCUAAAUCUGUGAAAACAAAAUACAUAACACAUGCUUAGAAAUAUCAGCAAUUACCUACAAAAUACAUUAAAAUUUUUCCUCUUAUACCUUUCUCCAUAGGAAAUAGUGAUAUCAUUAAAUCAAAAUGUGACUGCUUCUAAUGAGGAAAUAGUUAUAAGUUUAGGGAAAUCUCACAUGCUGAAUAAAUUCAGGAUAAUAUUUACUAAAAUUCCAGGGAAACUUCAAUAUUUAGAAAGAUUAUAAGUAAUAAAGACUAUUACAUUGUACUGUUUUAUCUGCAUAAAAUACAUUUUAUGAUGUUUGGCCAAUAGUAUGUAAUCAAACUUACCCAUGUCAAUUUAAAAAUUUUCAAAAAAUCCCUCAGUCUUAUGACCCUUUUUAAUACAUCUUGCAAGUGAAAGAAUACAAUUGAUAUAACAGAUCUGAAGAUCUUCCAAUCUAGCGGAAUCCAUGAAUGAAGUACGUUACCAACAAUAAAGAAUUUUAUUCCCAUUUAACCUUGGUCUGUAUACACUUUAAAUCUCGUUUCUUUAAAUGCUCCAUGAUUGAAGAGUAUGGAGUCACUCUAGAAAAUUUCAGCAUAUAGAGUCAUUCAGCUUUCCACAUAACAAUGACACACCAGCAAUCUGCCC